AAGAACAGGGCACUUGUGGACGAAAAAGCAGGUCCAACCCAAGCGUCGAGAAGUGAAGUAGUACACAUGGCACCUCAACCACCCUCCCUCACAGAGACGCAAAUAUACAACAGUCACAGUGCCAAUACUCCCAUUCACAAACACAGAUAGCAAUAACAGUAACACCUUCUGAACUCUUCUAUGCUCCACCGCAUCACCCAUUCCUCUUCUCUUCUUCUUCUUCCUCGUCUUCUCUCUCACCAUCACCAACACCUUCCUUCAAAUUUCAAUUUCCCUUUCUCUUUCUCACCAAUACCUCCUUUCCCUCUCAAACUCAAUCUCCUCUCAAUGGCAACGUCUCUUUCUCACCACAACCACACAAAUCGACUCGCUUCCGAACAGAGUCCUUAUCUUCUCCAACACGCACACAACCCUGUUGAUUGGUAUCCCUGGGGUGAAGAAGCUUUCGCCGAAGCACGCAAGCGAGACGUUCCUAUCUUCUUAUCAAGUGUCAUGUUAUGGAGGUGGAGUCUUUUGAGGACGAGGGGAUUGCCAAGUUGUUGAACGAUUGGUUUGUUAGCAUUAAGGUGGAUCGAGAGGAACGACCAGAUGUUGACAAGGUGUACAUGACGUAUGUGCAGGCUUUGUAUGGUGGUGGAGGUUGGCCCCUGAGUGUGUUUCUUUCACCGGACUUGAAACCUUUAAUGGGUGGAACUUAUUUCCCCCCCGAUGAUAAGUAUGGGCGACCUGGAUUUAAGACUAUACUUAGGUGAGAACUAUCGCACAUGUCAGUUUGAACGGUCAACCUGUUUAGACUCUUUUUCGUGGAUAAAUUUGGUGGACAGCAUUUCACAACUUGUUGAGUGUAAAAUUUCAGGCCAAUUGUUUGAAGUUAUUAUUCUGGUUCUUGAUUUUCUUGUUGGUAUACUAUUUGUUCCUGUUUUCUCCAGAAAGGUAAAAGAGGCUUGGGAUAAAAAGAGGGAUAUGCUAAUCAAGAGUGGAGCAUUUGCAAUUGAACAGCUUUCUGAGGCAAUGUCUGCUAGGUCAGAUUUUGAUAAAUUGCCUGAUGAGGUUCCAGCUGAUGCAUUACGUCUAUGCUCAGAGCAGCUCUCUGGGAGCUAUGAUUCAAAGUUUGGUGGGUUUGGAUCUGCACCAAAGUUUCCCAGACCAGUUGAGAUCAACUUGAUGCUUUACCACUCCAAAAAGUUGGAGGAUACAGGGAACUUGGAUGGAGCUAAUGGAAGUCAGAAAAUGGUUUUAUUUACCUUGCAAUGCAUGGCGAAUGGGGGGAUUCAUGAUCAUAUUGGAGGGGGGUUUCACAGAUACAGUGUGGAUGAGUGCUGGCAUGUUCCACAUUUUGAAAAGAUGCUAUAUGAUCAAGGGCAGCUUGUUAAUGCUUAUUUAGAUGCGUUUUCUAUCACCAAAGAUACCUUCUAUUCAUGUAUAUCACGGGAUAUCCUUGAUUAUUUAAGGAGAGACAUGAUUGGUCCAGAAGGUGAAAUAUUUUCAGCAGAGGAUGCUGACAGUGCAGAGACUGAAGGAGCUGCAAGAAAAAAAGAAGGAGCUUUUUACAUAUGGACAAGCAAAGAGGUUGAAGACAUACUUGGAGAGCAUGCUACUCUUUUUAAAGAGCACUAUUACAUCAAGCAAUCGGGUAACUGUGACCUAUCUGAAAUGAGUGAUCCUCACAAUGAAUUCAAGGGAAAGAAUGUCCUGAUUGAGAGAAAAGAUCCUUCAGCAAUAGCAUCAAAAUAUGGCAUGUCAGUUGAGACAUAUCUAGAAAUUCUUGGACAAUGUAGGCGGAAAUUGUAUGAAGUAAGGUCAGGGCGUCCAAGGCCACAUUUGGAUGAUAAGGUUAUUGUAUCUUGGAAUGGACUGGCAAUCUCAUCUUUUGCGAGAGCCUCUAAGAUUCUAAAGAGUGAAGCUGAAGGGACCAAAUUCUACUUUCCCGUUGUCGUCACUGCACCACAGGAGUACAUGAGAAUUGCAGAAAAAGCAGCAUUCUUUAUUCAGAAGCAACUUUACAAUGUGGAGACUUGCAGGCUACACCAUAGUUUCAGAGGUUCUCCAUCUAAAGCUCCUGGUUUCUUAGAUGAUUAUGCUUUCUUGAUUUCUGGAUUGCUGGAUCUCUAUGAGUUUGGUGGUGGAAUUAACUGGCUUCUAUGGGCCAUUGAAUUGCAGGAAACCCAGGAUGCUUUAUUUCUUGAUAGGGAUGGAGGUGGAUAUUUCAAUAAUACAGGAGAAGAUUCUUCAGUUCUCCUCCGUGUGAAGGAAGACCAUGAUGGGGCAGAACCCUCUGGAAACUCGGUUUCUGCCAUAAAUCUUACAAGAUUGGCUUCAAUGGUUGCUGGAAGUAAGGCUGAGCAAUACAAGCGAAAUGCAGAACAUCUAUUGGCAGUUUUUGAGAAAAGAUUGAAAGACAUGGCUAUGGCAGUGCCUCUAAUGUGUUGUGCAGCAGAUAUGCUGCGUGUACCUUCCCCGAAGCAAGUGGUGGUGGUCGGUGAAAGGACGUCACAGGAAUUUGAAAGCAUGCUCACUGCUGCUCACGCAGUAUAUGAUCCCAACAGAACAGUUAUUCAUAUAGAUCCGAACAACAAAGAAGAAAUGGAAUUUUGGGAAGUCCAUAACAGUAAUAUUGCUCUCAUGGCGAAAAAUAACUAUGCAGUCAACAGGGUUGUAGCUCUUGUAUGCCAAAACUUCACUUGUAGCCACCCUGUAACUGAUCAUUCGUCGCUUGAAGCAUUGCUCUCUCAAAAACCUUCCUCUUCGUUAACAUAAGCUACUGGUUCUGAUUUGAGUAGGAAAAAUAGUUGACGUCAGUGAAAGAUCAUCAUUAGAAAUCCCCGUCGUCAUCUACGGAACUUGUUCGUUGUGACUUGUGUGUCAAAUAAAAGUAGGUAGUAUUAUCCGUUGAGUUGAGGGAUUGAUACAUACGACUAUAGUUUGCCUGUACUUGGCCAUUCGUGUCAGGACAAUCUGUACAAUUGAUAGCUAAUGAUUCAAAAAUAAAUGUGUUCAACAGAAUCAUAUAAACACAUGGUGAGAAUUUCGGGUAUUAAAAAAGAUUUAAUUAUAUAUUUUUUUUUU